AGAAUUCUGCGCUACCCACAGCUUGUGUGUGUGUUUGCGUGCAUUUUCGUAAAAGUUGAGCGUAAUUUUGUUAAGACAGACAUGGCUCUGUUCCCCCUGCACCACAACUACUUCGGUCCCUCGGACCUGGUGAGACGCUUCUUGGAUGACGACUUCGGAGGCUCCUUCCUUGACGGCGAGCUGUUCGACCCGCCGUUCUACCACCAGCGCUUCUACAUCCAGCCGCGUCACCAGCAGUCUUCGUCGGCGGUUUGCCCCGCUCGCCAGCAGGGCAACUCGGUCGCCUGCACUCCGGACAAGUUCGCCAUCAACGUCGACACACGGCACUUCACUCCCGAAGAGAUCACCGUGAAGACUCAAGACAACAGCGUCGUCAUUCACGGCAAGCACGAGGAGAAGUCGGACGACCGCGGCUGCUACGUGAAGCGUGAGUUCACCCGCCGCUAUGUUUUGCCGGAGGACGUCGACCCGCAGUCGGUCAAGUGUCAUCUCAAGCCCAACGGAACGCUGGCCCUCGAAGCGCCGCGUAAAAACGCCCCCAAGGAGCAGCCCAAGGCCAUCCCAAUUGAAGUGAAACACGAGGGCGCCAAGGCUGUAAAGAACAAGUAAAGGAAGCGAAGUCACCGGACAGCGUCUGAGACCCGUCUCGACAAUGUGGAUCAGUAUAGUUUUUGUUUAAGUGACUGCUAAUUAAUUGUCCCGUUCUUGUCACUGCCGAUUGCCCAUCAUUAAGUGUUCGUAGAGCUACAUCUGAGUGCUACGUUUUGUACUCUUUUUGAGUUUUGUAUUCCCGUGAGCCUUCGGGCGUACUUUUUUAAUAAAGGAAAGUUUUUCACGUA